AUGGCGGGGCGUAUUCUUCCAGUCGCGCUGGCGACGAUAGUUGGUGUAUCAAUUGGAGUAGCUACCUUUGAUGGAGAGUUCAAGAAACAACGAAUAGCACGAAUGGAGGAAGAGUACAAACGGGAACUCGCCGCUGCCGCUGCUGCAAGCACCGCAAAUCCCACACCCGCAGCCUCGAGUAGCAUAGCUUCCUCGCCUUCCACACAGCUACAGACUACGAAAGAGGAGGCCGUAGCCUCUGCACCUGCUGAUAACUCGUGGUCGAACAAGCUCGGACUCUGGGCAUGGAAGAAGGACAACAAGUCGGAAAGUGCGACGGCGACUAGCAACGUUAAACAUCCCAAAGGCAAGCCCUGA